CACCUUCCCCCUUCUCCAAAUCUGUUUCAUUUUUGCUUUUCUUUUUCCUCUUCCCCACGAUAUAUAGGAGGACUAAUUUUAGUUCAAGGAAUCGAAAGCUUCUUUUAUUUAAGCUUCUGGCGUCUUUCUCUUUCGGCGAGAGACAAUGGCAUUCAUCAACACAUCUUCUCCUUCAACAACAGCUCUCUCUCGCCUCCAGUUAUGCAAAGGCUUCAAUUUGUUCAACCGGUUGCACUCGGUGAAUCCUUCUCUGGCAAGAAGGUAUACAGCUGAUCUUCCCUUGAUCCGGUUGGGUGGGAAAUUGCCCUUAAGUAUUAAGGGUGUUGGUAAAACUAGAGCUACAGUCAUAUCUGGUGAAGGUGACCUUCUAUCUUAUGCCAAUGAGAAUGGUGUUGAGGAAAAUAACUCUCUCAUUGGUGAUCAAUCAGUUGGACUUGGCGUACAACCUGAUGUGGUUGCAUUCAGAACACUUGCAGCAGAUACUGCUCUUACGGGGAGUGGUUUUCCCAUUUAUGAUGAAUUUGAUAUGGAUCUCCCUACAGAAGGUUUUUCUUCCAUCCCCGAGGCCAUUGAGGACAUUCGCCAGGGAAAGAUUGUAGUGGUUGUGGAUGAUGAGGACAGAGAAAAUGAAGGAGAUUUAAUUAUGGCGGCACAGUUGGCAACACCUGAGGCUAUGGCUUUCAUAGUGAAGCAUGGAACUGGCAUAGUUUGCGUGAGUAUGAAAGGUAAAGACCUGGAGAGAUUACAGCUCCCUCUGAUGGUGGCCCAGAAGGAUAAUGAUGAGAAACUUAGCACUGCUUUUACAGUGACCGUGGAUGCCAAACAUGGUACAACCACAGGGGUAUCUGCUCGUGAUAGGGCAACAACAGUAUUGGCUCUUGCAUCCGAAGACUCAAAACCUGAUGAUUUCAACCGUCCGGGCCAUAUUUUUCCAUUGAAAUAUAGAGAUGGUGGUGUUUUGAAAAGAGCUGGGCAUACAGAAGCUUCUGUGGAUCUUGCCGUGCUUGCUGGGUUGGACCCUGUUGCAGUUCUAUGUGAGGUUGUGGAUGAUGAUGGUUCCAUGGCUAGAUUACCAAAGCUUCGUCAAUUUGCAGAGCAGGAGAAUUUGAAAAUUAUAUCCAUUGCUGAUUUGAUUAGGUAUAGAAGGAAAAGAGAUAAAUUAGUCGAUCGCUCUGCUGCUGCCAGGAUACCUACAAUGUGGGGGCCUUUUACAGCCUACUGUUAUAAAUCCAUUUUAGAUGGGAUUGAACACAUUGCAAUGGUUAAGGGUGACAUUGGGGAUGGGAAGGAUAUUCUUGUGAGAGUACACUCAGAAUGUCUCACAGGAGAUAUUUUUGGAUCAGCAAGAUGCGACUGUGGAAACCAGCUGGCACUUGCCAUGCAGCAGAUUGAGGCUGCUGGCAGGGGUGUACUGGUGUACCUCCGUGGACAUGAAGGGAGGGGCAUUGGUUUGGGCCACAAGCUUCGUGCUUAUAAUCUACAAGAUGAUGGGCGUGAUACAGUGGAAGCCAAUGAGGAGUUAGGCUUGCCUGUUGACUCCCGAGAAUAUGGCAUUGGUGCACAGAUGCUUAGGGAUUUAGGUGUUCGAACAAUGAAGCUAAUGACCAACAACCCUGCUAAGUAUGUUGGGCUCAAGGGUUAUGGUUUGGCGAUUGUGGGCAGGGUGCCAUUAGUAACUCCGGUUACAAAAGAGAACAAGAGAUAUUUAGAGACCAAGCGUGCUAAAAUGGGCCAUGUCUAUGGUUUGGAAUUUAACGGCCGAUUAAGUAGUCUUAUCAGUGGCAAUGGUAAACAGAGUGUCAGUGGUGCAUCCAAUGCUGUUCCUGAGGCUUGAGUCAGGUUACCUACACUAUAACGGUCAGCUGGUUAAUGCAGUAAAAAUAGAGAUCUUAGACUCGCAGGACUCACUUUUCAUAUACAGACACUUCUGACUGUGGCGAAGUUGGUAUUUUCAAUCACUUGGAUUAAUGUGAUACAGUUCAUUCUUUAUAGACUUAGCCUGAAUUUAAAGCAUGGGUGCAUGCUUAGUCACAAGUUCUCACAAACAUUUUUGCCAGGUCUGUUGUAAUGUCAUUCAUUCUUUUGUCUAUCAAGUGUAACUCUGAAGAAGGAAAUCAAUCCCAUUUAAUAAAAGGUAGAUUCUCUUU